AUGUUUGAGAAUGGACGUACAGAUAUUGACGAUGCUGAGCGCAAGGGAAGACCAUCAACUGCAACAAAUUCGGAAAUUGCUGCUCGAGUGAAUGAAUGCAUUCUUACAAACAGACGCAAAACAAUAGACGAAAUCUCAAAUGAACAGGAUAUUUUUCAUGGAAGUGUGCAUAAAAUUAUUGCCGAUCACCUUAUAUUUCGUAAAGUUUGUGCACGAUGGGUACCACGUCUAUUAACGGAGGAACACAAAGCAUCAGAGGGCACAGCAAUCCGUCAUCAGAAGGGAUUCUCACCUGGAAAUGCCUACGUCUUGUCUAAAAGACCCUGCUCAGAAAGCCGCCGAAAUUUUACUAGGGUGGAAGAGAAACACCAGACUAUCGGGCUCAUCGGUCGUGCCACUCGUCUUCCAUGUGAUGUCUUGUUUGAUAGCCCUCCGGAUACACCUUCAUCACCUGAAGAAUACGUCCAAGAUCUCUAG